AUGACCAGCGGCUGCUCAGGGGCAUUGUGGGCCAUGGCUAAAUUUGGCCUGGAGGUCGCAGACCCUGAGUUUGAAAAGCUGUUGGACAGGCUGCCCCUGGACAAGGACGGAAAUGUCCAGUACCCCGUCUUCAUGGCUGCUUUCGACACAAGGAGAGGAGUUCCCAGCCUCUUCGAGGCAAGUCCUGCUGGAUAUUUGGGGCGUACAAACGAAGAACAGGAGGGGCUAAACGUGCAACUCGUGAAUGAGGAGAGUGGGAUUCUGGGACGGGGACGGAGUGUGGCACAGCUGUUCCAGAUCAUCAAGGCCCUGGUGAAGAACCACUACCAGGCAGCAGAGCGAGUCUUUGAGAAGCUGGAUGAGAAGAACACCAAACGUCUCAGUCAAGAGACCUUCUACCAGCUUCUAAAGAGUGCGGGUGAGCACAUUGAGGGUCGUGCCAACUGCGAAAAGGACAGGACGCUGGAUUUCUUGCAGCUUGCGCGCCACUUUGGCUACUCUCCCAAGUCCUCGUGCUUUCCCAACGCCAAGCGCAGCCCCCYGAAGAAAGGGGAUGAGAAUCUCCGGCAGUGCUCCAGAAAGCUCCACUGUGUGUCUGACAUACUUGCAGAUGGAGUGCGUGCCAAGGUGGAGCUGUCAUUGGAUGAGUUGCGGGAGGAGUUCGAGGAGUUGGAUCCUUAUAGGACGGGGUUUGUGAGCCAGAAGGAGUUCCAGGAAGUGCUGAAAGGUCUGUGUGCGCACCUCGAUGACUACGAGUGGGAGAUGCUGGCUCGAAAGUUUGACAUCAACAGGGAUGGAAGGGUUUCCUUCGUUGAGUUCCUGAGGCCCUUUGGGAGACGGAAACAGCCGUGGAGGCAUGGAUCCAACAUGGCCGGCAUACUGCAGUUCCAUAACGAAACAGAGGAUCUGUCUGCAGAGAAAGGCUCUUCCUUGUGUGACCAAGUACCACUGAGCUCAAGACUAAGGAAGAAGCUUCAGCGGCAGGGCAAGAUUCUGCGUCGGGCCUUCCGCAGGCUGGACAGCUCUGCCAGCGGCUACCUCUCCCCAGGCGAGUUCCGAGCAGCUCUGCGGCUGUGUGACGUACCCUUGGACCCGGAGGAGUACUACCAUGUCUUGGCCGGGCUGGACCGAGACCUAGCAGGCCGGGUGGCCUAUCGCCGGCUGAUCCAGGACAUACGCAAGAAAAGAACCUCUGGGACUAGAGUAAAGUAAAGAGUCAUCCUCAUCCCUCACCCAGCAAGCAAAGUUUGGCAUGGGACGUCAUAAUGACGUCAUUUCCGGGUUGAAAUUGGUUUUUCUGGUUGAUGUGACGUCAGAUUAUACAACCAAUUUAAGACGUAUUUUCCUGGUCACUAAAAAGAUGUCUAAAUAAUGUCCUUUUACAAUCGCCUUACAACCUGACCAUGAUGUUACAAAAUAUGCCUGCUGGGCAAAUCAGCAGGGGCAAUUUGCUUUGCAUUAGGUUGUCAAAAUGACAUACAAACAACAUUUAGACAUCAAAUCAAAUGUAUUGGUCACAUACACAUGUUUAGCAGAUGUUAUUGCGGGUGUAGCGAAAUGCUGUACAUGACUGUAUUUAUUUAAGUGUCACUCCACAAUAAUACAACCCAGAUAGCACAUAAUAUUUUUGGUGAAAGUGUGGCUGUCCUAUGGUUAUUUUGCAUACAACCAUCCCACAACAUUCUGGGAAUGGUG